CGCCCCCAUACAUUCACAUCCACAUCAAUCGCCGACAUGGAUUCGCCUUCCGAGCUCUCCGAGUACGGCAGCGACGAUUUCCCCGAGGACAUCAAAGGACGCCGCCAUGCCAGCUACGAAGCCACUCCUGACCACGACCAGCGCCCGAACAAGCGACCACGCCUGAAUAUCCGCGCGCCAUCCUCACCACCCCAUAUCAAUACCAUGCCACCUGAGGAAGAGGACGAGCUGUCGGAAGAUACCGAUGGCUCUGUUCCUGCGUCGCCACACCACCACCCGGGCAUGUCGCAAGAUGAUGACUAUGGUCAGGAACAGGUCACUGUCUGCAAGUGGGACGGUUGCACGGCGGGUGACCUGCAGAAUAUGGAUAAUCUAGUCGAGCAUCUUCACGAAGACCAUAUCGGUACACGACAGAAGAAGUAUAGCUGCGAGUGGAGCGACUGCACAAGGAAGGGUAUACCACAUGCCAGUGGCUAUGCGCUUAGGGCACAUAUGCGCUCACAUACAAGGGAGAAGCCAUUCUACUGCACACUUCCAGAAUGCGACCGUUCCUUCACCCGCUCCGACGCGUUAGCGAAGCACAUGAGAACCGUCCACGAGACCGAAGCAUUGCGCCCCUCGGACCCAGUACCCAAGCACCACUCAUCCAACCCUACAAACAACAAGCAGCGCCUCAAGCUCGUCCUCAACAACGAAGCCAAGAAGCUGCCCCACGACAAAGGCUCUACACCCGGGUCCCCCUCCUCACACUCGCACCCCCCGAAUAGCGCAACAAUCCCGCCCAACGCACCCGCCUCAGACGCCGACUACGCCCACAACAACGUCGUCUACCUGCAAGACCUCGCCAACCCAUCCGGCCCAACACUCGUCCAAUUCCCACCUGACAUCGAAUUCAGCCCCGAAGAGCUCCAGCGUCCUGCACCCGAACUCUUCCAACUCCUGCGCCGCCAACUCCUCUGGGCAACGCAACAAGGCGAACAACUGCGCGCCGAAGCCGAGGAGCUCGAACGCGUGCGCCAGGAAGAAUGGCAGGCCAAAGAACUCCUCUUCGAGAACUACAUGGAAGCCCAAGCCGCAACGGAGCGACGACGCCGCGUCGAAGAAGGCAUGCCCGACGACAUGGAAGGUUGGCAAUCCGUUGAGAACGACAUCCAGCCCGCGAAGGCUCUGCCUAUACAACCCAAAGAAGGGAAGUUGCCGUGGUGGCGGGAUGACACUCAGCAACAGACUCGGAUCAAAGAGGAAGUUAUCCAACCGCCCAGGCCGCCUCCCGCGCACAUCCAACAAGUGGAGGAGCGCCAGCCUCAGGUUUCUGUUUCGUAGCCUGGGCUGGAGUAUCUGGAUCUGGCGGAGGGGGAUAUGGCUCUAGAUCUGCAGCAGCGUGCAUACUAUCGCUGGAUGGAAGCGCGGCGCCUGCGUCAGCUUCCUUUGUCGCAGGCUGGGCUGGAAUAUCCGGGUCUAGCGGAUCGUCUUGCGAUUCUGGAUGCGCGCUGUCGUAGUCUGGAAGAGCUGUUGAAUUACAGGGUACCGGCCAGGAGGCGAUGUGCACAUGGUGAGUGGUGGAGGUGUUGGCAUGGGAGAGGUGGGCUGCUACAAUACGGCGAACAAGCACGAAGCUUUAUUGUUGAAGGGGAUGUCGGCACCAGGUCCUCCUUUUUCUCAGCAGUACUUGUUUGUGUAUUACUAUGGGUUAGACACUGGGGUUUAUGGUCUUUGGGUACAUUCAAGGUUAAAGAUACC